UAGAGGAGAAAGAAGAUGUAGCCAUGUAGGGCAACAAAGCUAAGAACAAGGAUAAAAUAACAGCAUGGCUAAUCCAAUUCCUAUACCUGAUUUCUUGCAACAACGUGCCUUUGACUUCGCAGUUGAGAAACUCACAAAUGUGUGGAAGAAGCAUGUAAGGAAUCGGGUGGACUACACAUUGAACUGCCAUAAGAAAGUUAAGAAGCUAGGAAAUGCUGUGGAUGAGCUCAAGGAGGAUGGAAAAAAGGUCCAUGAUAAAGCCGAAGAGGACGAAGGGCUUUACGGGAGAGAAGUAUAUCAUGUUAAAGCAUGGCUGCGUCAAGUAGAUGAAAUAAUCUCUGAAUAUGGCAAGUUGAAAGAUGAACACAGUAACCACGUUCUCAUAAAUUUGAAGAAAAGGUAUCUCUGUAGCAAGAGGGCAGAAGAAAUCAAAGAGUUAGUCAUGGAGCUACAAAAAGAAAAGCUGGAUAAUAUAUCUUACUGGCAGCAGCAGCAGCAACAACAACAACAAUGGAAUUAUAUGGAAUUUAAGUCGAGAAGGACUACAAUGAAAAAGAUUAUGGCAUCGCUAGAAGACUCGAAUUCAAGAUUGGUUGGUGUUUAUGGGCCAGCUGGUAUUGGGAAGACCACUCUGGUGAUAAAGGCUGCCAAACAAGCUCAGGAAGACAAGUUGUUCGAUAUGGUGAUCAUGGUGAACGUGACAAAACGUCCUGAUACAAAGAAGAUUCAAGGCCAAAUUGCUGAGAUGCUAGGAAUGAAGUUGGAAGAUGAAAGUGAGGAAGCAAGAGCAACUAGCAUACAAGAGAGGCUGAAGAAUGAGAAGGAUAACAUCCUUAUAAUCCUGGAUGAUAUGUAUGCCAAACUGGAUCUGAAUGCUUUGGGAAUCCCACUACAAACAAAAGAAGAAUCUUCUGCCAUUGUGGUUCACAGCCAAAAUCCUGAAUUGGAGGAUAAUAAGCAACCUGGGAAACCUGCUACUGAUGAUGAUAAGAAGAUGAUGAAAGCAAAAACCUCCUUCGUCGAUGGCUCUAGCAAGUUAAAAGAGCACAACAGGGGGUACAAGAUUUUAUUGAUUUCUGAGCUGAGACAGGUAUUAACUGAAAUGGAUGUGAAAGCAGCCUCUAUUUUUUCUAUAAAUGUCUUAAAUGUCAUGGAGGCAGAGAAAUUGUUCAAGAGCAUGGUUGGAGUAGGCGCCAAUGAUUCUGAACUUGAAACAUUGGCAACUGAAAUAGCCAAGAAGUGUAACGGUUUGCCUAUGUCAAUAGUUACAACUGCAAGGGCAUUGAAAAAUCAGCCAAACCCCUUGGUUUGGAAGGAUACCCUUGUAACACUUGAAAAGCUUGCGGUGGAAAAUCCAAAUGCAGCACCUGAAUAUUCAACAAAGUUGAGUUAUGGGCUUCUAGAAAAUGAGGAGCUCAAGCUUACAUUCUUGCUUUGUGCCCGUAUGGAUUAUGACGCAUUGGUUGCGGAUUUGGUGAGAUAUUGCAUCGGUUUGGGUUUUCUUCAAGGCGUCUACUCAGUUUGGGAAGCCAGAGACAGAGUACAAAUGCUACUUGUCAAGCUAAAAGACUCAGAAAGGCACACAUUCAUGAUGACUGAAGGAAAACUAAAUAAAUGGCCAGGCAUGGAUGAACUUGAAAGCUGCAAUGUUAUUUCCUUAAAAAGAUGUGAUUUCAUUGGGAGAUUUCCCGAGAGCAUAAAAUGUCCUAAACUUAGCAUCUUUCAUAUUGAAAAUAAUGACCCAUCUUUAAAAAUAUCAGACAGUUUCUUUCAAGAAAUGAAAGAACUUAGUGUGUUGAUUUUGACUGGUGUCAAUCUUUCAUCAUUGCCUUCAUCAAUUAAAUGCCUCACAAAACUUAGGAUGCUUUGUUUGGAGCAAUGCAUUCUAGAUGAGAAAUUAGAGAUCAUAGGAGAGUUGAAAAAUUUAAGAAUUCUUAGCUUUUCAGGAUCUGAUGUCAAAAGUUUGCCUCGUGAACUAAGCCAUUUAUCUAAUCUACAAAUCUUUGACAUAAGUAACUGUUACAAGCUUAGAGUGAUUCCACAUGAUGUAAUGUCAAAUUUGACUAGAUUAGAAGAGUUGUAUAUGAGAAACAUUCCCUUUCAAAGCGAGGUUGAUGAUGGCAAGCAGAGUGAAAAUGCUAGUCUAUCUGUGUUAGGAAAUCUGAACCAAUUAACAAAUCUAGACCUACAAAUUCCAAAUGCUUCUUCUUUGCCCAAUAAUUUCUUCUUUGACAAGCUGUAUAGCUACAAGAUUAUCAUUGGGUCUUCAAACAGAGGAUAUUCAGAUCCUGAUUUCCAGAUUCCAAAGAAGUAUGAAUUGUCCAGAUGCUUGGCAGUAUAUCAAGAGGAUGGCAGCUUUGAUGUUCAUUCCCAUGAUGCAAUCAAAAUGCUGUUUGAAAGAGUGGAAAUUUUGUUGCUGGAAAAGUUCAACAGUGUCCAGGAUGUUUUUUAUGAACUGAAUUUGAAAGGAUUUCCAUCUCUUAAGCAUUUAUCCAUUGCAAGAAAUCAUAGUAUUCAAUGUCUCAUCAAUCCAAAGAAAAGGGGGUAUCCUGAGAGGAUUUUUCCUAAAUUGGAGUCAUUGCAUCUCUACAAGCUCAAGAAAAUGGAUCAAAUAUGCUGCUGUCAAUCACUCUUAAAAGAUUCAUUUGCUGAGUUGAAAAUUAUUAAGAUCAGGCUCUGCGGUCGGAUGAAAAAUGUUUUCUUAUUUUCUAUGGUCCAACAACUAGCUUCUCUUGAAACAAUUGAUAUUUCUGAAUGCUACUCUUUGGAGAAGAUUGUUGACAUGGAAACAUAUAUUGAAAAAAAGCCUCUUCCUAAGUUCUCUAAACUACGUUCUUUGACACUACAAUCUUUAUCCAAGUUUACUGGGUUCGAUCCUAUUGCAUCAGAUGGAAAUACCAUAUCACUGUUCCAUCACAAGAUUGAAGUUCCGAAGCUAGAGAGAAUGGAGUUGUCUGUACUCCAAAUCAACCACAUAUGGAGGGACCAAACAUGGAAUAAUAAAAACCAAAGCAUUUCUCCCUUUCAAAAUUUAAUACACUUGGACGUGAAUGACUGUUGGAAUUUAGAAUGCUUAUGGUCAUUUUCUAUCGCCAGACAUUUGGAGAAUCUUCAGAGCCUUUCUAUCAGUGAAUGUAAGAUGAGAUACAUCUUUCCUCAAGUUCAAAGUGGAGAGACUAAAAUGAACAAUAAGGAUGCAAUUUUUCCAAAUUUGAAGACGGUCAAACUGAGUAGCAUGAAGAGUUUGUGUCAAAUAUGGAAUUCUGAAGCUCAUGAAAAUUCUUUUGGCAAACUACACACUCUGAUCAUUGAGAAAUGUGAUGAAUUGGUCCAUGUGAUUCCUCAUAAUAUGGUUGGAAGAUUAUCAAAUUUAAGUUGCUUGAGGGUUACGAACUGCGAGUCAAUCAAAGUUAUAUUUGAAGAAGCUGAUGAUGAUAAUAGAAAACAAGAUGUUAUGCAUAACUUCAAGUUGCAAGAUAUUCAUUUAGAAACACUCCCGAAACUGGAGAAUGUAUUCAAAUGGAAGAAAGAAGUAAAAUGGAGUGAUCUGAAAUUGCAAAAGAUAUGGGUGCAUGAUUGUGGAAGGUUAGAAAACAUAUUUUCAGUUUCUGUAGUCAAGACUACUGAAAUAAAUAUGGAAAGCCUUGAAAGCCUUGUGGUAUCAAAUUGCUCUCAACUCAGAGAAAUAGUGGACAACAAGGGAGAAGAUGUUGUCAUCGACAAAAGUGGUCCUGUUAAAUUCAACUUGCCUAAAUUGAGGAAAAUAGUAGGCAAGAAGGGAGAAGAUGAUGUUAUCGACAAAAGUGGUCCUGUUAAAUUCAACAUGUCUAAAUUGACUAGUAUCAAGCUUUCGAAACUAUCAAAAAUCAAGAGUUUUUAUUCAUGGGGAGCUUAUGAAUUAAGUUGUCCAGCAUUGAAUGACCUAUCUAUUCAACGUUGUGACUUGUUGGAACCAUUUGAAGAAAUCUCAUCGCAUGCAAAAAUAAAGAAUGUUCUUUUUCCAGAAAAGUCUAAAACUGGAGAAGUAAAAGUAAAGGAGGUAAUCAAUAACAAGUUAAAGUCCAUGCACAUUGAAUCACGACAUGUAGUGGGGUCAUCAAUGGACUAUGACUACAGAAGGGAUAGCUUAGAAGAGCUUCAGUUGUCUGCACUGAACAAUUCUGAUAUUAUAUAUUCUUUCCUUCAUUCCAAUCCUAACCUCAAGAGCUUACGCUUGGAUGAUUGUGAGUUUGAAGAAUUGAAGCCUGGUGAAACAAGAAGGCCCGCUAUUGGGGUUGUGCCAAAGUUGAAAAGCUUGACAUUAACAAACAUGUAUGAUCUUGAGAAGAUUUGCUUUGAACAAGAUGCAGUUCUUCAAAAGAUAGAGUCAUUGGUUAUAAACAAUUGUUUUAAUUUGCACACCAUAGCACCUUCGUCUGUGUCUCUCGCUCACUUGACAAUUUUAGAAGUGGUUGACUGUGGGAACUUAAAAUAUGUGAUGUCACCAUCAACUGCCAAAAGCUUGGGUCAACUCAAAAUCAUGAAGGUAAUCAAUUGUGAAGAUCUAGAGGAAAUUGUUUCAGAGAAAACACAAGAAGAGGACUCUGAAUCUAUAGAGGAAGACGAAACACAAGAAGAGAACUCUAAAUCUCUAGAGGAAGACAAAACACAAGAAGGACAGGAAGAAAAAGAAAAUGUAGGCACGGAGGUUCCCAUCAUUUUCAAACAAUUGACAACUCUUGAGCUUGUGUCAUUGAAUAGCCUUAAUAGUUUCUGCAGCUCCAAGAAUUGUGCCUUUAAAUUCCCAUCACUGGAGAAUUUUAUUGUGAGUGCAUGCCCCAGAAUGGAAAUUUUCUCUGCAAAAGAAGUGGACUGUGGGCCAAAUUUGCAAAAGAUAUAUUAUGUGCGUGACAAAGAGAAAAAGAGAUGGUGCUGGCACGAAGACAAUAUAAGAUCUACAAUAAAAUACAUAUUUGACAAUAAGAAAUUUUUUGAAGAUAUGAAUGAGUUGGAUUUGGAUCCUGAUGAAGAUCUUCUAAAACCAAUCUGGCUAAGUAAAGAAAGUCCCCGAAAAGAUUGGUUUUCCGGUUUAAAAACUCUGACGCUAUAUCACUGGAAUGCAUCUAUUGCAAUUCCGUCAAAUGUUCUCUGUUGUUUGAAGAGCUUACAAGAACUUAAAGUUUGGGAAUGCGAGAGCAUAGAAAGCAUUUUUGAGAUGGAUGACACUAAGAGCUGGGAAUCAUCAUUUCAACUGAAGAAGCUAAGUUUAGAGUAUCUACCAAGUUUGAAGAGUGUGUGGCAACAUGACAAAGGAGAAAUCCUUCUAGGCUUUCAAAAUCUGCAGCAGGUCACUAUCGAAGAUUGUCAUAAACUGACAAGUGUGUUUCCUACUGUCUUGGCCAGAGAUCUUAAAAAGCUCGAGGAACUCGAUGUAAGCAAUUGUGCUGCGUUGCAAGAAAUUGUUGGAAAAGAUCAAGAGGAAGCAGUGGAAGGAUCACAAAAAUUUGUGUUUUCUCGUUUAACCAGACUAAGACUAGCAGAGUUGCCACAACUAAGAGACUUAAACUCUGGAAGAUUGAGUCUGGAGUGCCCCGAGUUAAAGCAGCUGGAGCUGUAUCCGAAGCAACAACAAAAAUAUCCGGAGGACGGUAUUUCCAAGGUGGAGAAGUUGUGGCUCGAUCCAAGUCACACUUGGGCGAAGAAGUUUAUGAAUCAAGACGGCUUUCAUCACCAUUUAAAUGAACUUUACCUUUGUUACAAUGAUGAUGGAGAGAACUCUACUUCACCAUUUGAGAUACUUGCUGACAAGAUGCUUCCCAAAUUAGAGAUUGUUGAAAUAAAAGAUAACAAUUGCAAAACCAUCUAUAUUCCCAAAGAAGCGGUUGAGAGGAUGCUUCACUUGAAAGAAUUGAAGUUGGAGUCACUACAUGAGCUGAACUCCAUUAGUGGGCUAGAGUACUUGUUAAAGCUGCGGCUAUUAAAGGUUUCUUCUUGUCCAAAAUGGACAACAGUAUUAGUACUACAUUCAUACUCCAAUCUGAAAGAAUUGCAUAUAUUUGCUUGUGAUGGAUUGGAAUGUUUAUUGACAUCCUCAGCAGCAAAAAUGCUAAUACACCUUGAGGAGUUGAGAAUUCAAUGGUGUGACUCAUUGAAAGAAAUAGUGGGAAAAGAAGAAGAAAGUGGGACGGAAGACAUUAUUGAAUUUAAGCGCCUACACAGGAUAACUCUUGCUCGUUUGGGAAGCCUGGAAUGCUUUUAUUCAGGGAAUGCCACACUGCAGUUCCCCUCUUUAAUUCGACUGGACAUAGAACGCUGUCCCAAGAUGAAAAUUUUCUCUCAAACAGAAAUACAUGUGAAACCACUAUUUCAAGUUAUUUACUCCAAUGAUGAAGUUGAUAGAUUGUUCUUGGAUGAUCUAAACGUAGCUGUUGCAUGCCAGUGUCUACAACAGAAAGAUGUUGUUUUUGGACAUCACCCGGCGCUGAAAGAUAUAUGGCUUGAUAAAGUGCAUAUCCCAGCUGAGGCCUUUUCCGCUGGUUUCAAUUGGGAAAGUCUGGUGGUGGAAGGGUGUGAUGAAUUAUUUACAACCGCAAUACUACCUUCUCAUUUACUUCCCUUCCUCAGUCAAUUACAAGAGUUGGAGGUGCGGGGAUGCAGUUCUGUUGAGGCCAUAUUUGAAGUCAAAGAUACAACAGCAGAUAUUGUUAUUCCUUUGAAGAAAUUGACUUUGGAGAAACUUCCAAAUCUGAGGCAUGUUUGGAACAAGAAUUCUGAAGGAAAGCUCAGUCUUCCCAAACUGGAGGAGGUUAUUGUUGAUGAAUGUGCAAGCAUAAAAUCGGUGUUUCCAGAAUCAGUUGGCAAAGGUAACAUACAAUGGUUAGAAGUGAAGAAUUGUGCAGAGUUAGUUGAAAUUGUCGCUGGAGAUGAUGUAGCCAAACAGGUUAGCAUCUUCUCCACGCUAUCUUCUCUGAAGCUGUGGAAUUUGCCAAAGUUGGGGUCUCCAUUACUACUAUCGCAUUUGCUACCUUUCCUUCAUAAAUUAGAAGAGUUAGUGAUUGGAAAAUGUGGUUCCUCGAAGACUAUAUUUGAUGUGAAAGAUGCGCCAACAAAUGAAGAAGAUACAAAUAUGAUUACUGUUAUUCCUUUGAAGAAAUUGACUUUGGAGCAUCUGCCAACUCUAAGCCAUAUUUGGAACAAGGAUCCUAAAGGAAGUAGUCUCAGCUUUUCAUGUCUGAAGGAAGUGGUUGUGAAUGGAUGUAAAAGCCUCACAAGCUUGUUCCCAGCAUCAUUGGCCAUGUCUAACAUGAUAAAGAUAGAUGUGAAAAACUGUGAGGAAUUAGUUGAAAUUGUUACAAAAGAUGAAGCAGACAAUAAAGAAACAAAUAAGGAGCUUACUAUGUUUCCUAAGCUAACUUCAUUGACUCUGCACAAUUUGCCAAAUCUUACAUACAUUUAUGCUGGAAUGGAAAUUCUAAAUUUGCCCAAGUUAAGAGAGUUGGAUAUUUCUCAUUGUAAAUUUGCAACAGAUUCUACUGCAAAGGUUGUUACCCCUCACUUAGACCGACUGUCAACAGACAUGGAAGGUGCGAUGAUGCUUGACAAAGGACUGCUUCAUUUGGACCCCCAAAACAUAAAAUAUCUGAGCUUGCAGAACUUUAAUGAUAUUGAUGAGUCAUAUGCAUCUCCCUUUGAUCUUUUUUCAAAGGUGCCACCGUCCAAUAUUCAAAUGCUUGUGGUGGCCGACAGUGCUUUCAAAGAGAUAUUCCCCUCAAAAAUGCCUGAGAUUAUUCAUUCACAGCUGCUUGUUCGAGCAUUGGAACUGAGGAAUCUGCACAUGCUUGAAUCCAUUGGGUUAGAGCACACCUGGGUGGCCUCCUCUAAUCUCACAUGGCUCAAAGUUGAGGGUUGUGCAUCUUUGAAGUAUUUGUUCACUUCUUCAGCCGCCAAAUGUCUUGUUCAACUUGAACAGUUGCACAUAUCCAACUGUGAAGCACUCGAAAGUUUAAUGCUGGAUGAUGAUCAUGAUGUCCUCAUAUUCAAAAAGCUUAAGAAACUGUCUCUUAGCCAGAUACCAAAACUUGAGAGCUUCUACAAAGGAAACUCAACUUUGAAUUUUCCAUCUCUGGAUGAAGUCGAGGUUACUGAAUGCAACAGAUUGGAGUAUAUGUUCACAUUCUCAACUGCCAAAAGCUUGCAAAAAUUGUAUCAGAUGGUGAUUUCCAAAUGUGAGUCAUUGGAAACAGUAGUUUUGGCAACACAAAAAGGGGACAAAUCACAAGAAGAUCUCACAUUCUCAGACUUCACAUAUCUGACUCUUAGUGAAUUGCCAAAACUUGAAAGUCUUUUCACCGAAAACUCAUCAACUUUGAAUUUUCCAUCUCUGAAGGAUGUCGAGGUUACUAAAUGCAACAGAUUAGAAUACAUGUUCACAUUCUCAACUGCCAAAAGCUUGCAUAAAUUGGGGAAAAUGAAGAUUUCCAAAUGUGAGUCAUUGAAAACAGUAGUAUUAGCAGAGGCAGACGAGCCACGUGAGCUCACAUUCUCAGACCUCUGGAAUCUGUCUCUAAGCGAAUCCCCGAAACUUGGAAGCUUUUUCACGGGAAAGUCAACUCUGAAAUUCCAAGCAUACUUGUACAUUGAGAUCAGUCAAUGCAAGAUCAUGAAAACUUUCUCACACGGUGACGUGGAAGCACCUAAAUUAUGGAAGGUGGAGAUAGAUGGAGUUCGUUGCUCGAAAGAUAAUCUAAAUGCUGCAGUCAGUCAACAAUUUGAGAAACGAUCCACGCAGCAUUGAUGAAUUAAUUAGUACAAUUAUAAUUUAACAUAAAAUUUGUUGCUUGCUAAGGGAAGCUUAUUUUCAAUGCAUUUGUUACCACUUACCAGUUAGCCUUGCAAAACUAGUAGUCUAAUCAAGGAGCAAUGGACAAAUAAAUAAGGAUGGUUGGUUCUAUGGGACACCAAUUGCAGCAAUUAAGAGGAUAUAAGUGGAUCCCAUCAUGGCAACAAAUAUUUAUUUCUGUUUGAGUAGUGUGGUGUGCAUGAUAUGAAUAAGUUCCCUGUAUCAUCACUAUGCAGGAAGAAGUGUGUGAUUGCCUUUUAAGUGGCAUAGCUAUAAACUAAGUGUGUUCUAUCAAUAAAAUUAUAUCUUGUAUUUCAUACUAGAUAUAAGGCGUGUAUGCUUUGUAAUUUAUUGAGAAAACUAGUUUAUUUUUAUGUAUG